GCGGCUCCGCCCGGCGGGGCGGGACGGGCCGGGGCGGCCAUGGCGGAGCGGGGCCGAGGGCAGAGUCCGAGCGCCAUGGAGGACCUGCUGGAUGUGGAGAACAAGCGGAUGGCCGACAGCCUGGCCAGCAAGGUCACCAGGCUGAAGUCGCUGGCUCUGGAUAUUGACAAGGAUGCUGAGGAACAGAACCGCUACCUGGAUGGCAUGGACUCGGAUUUCCUGAGCGUGACGGGGCUGCUGACGGGCAGCGUGAAGCGCUUCUCCGGCAUGGCGCGCUCCGGCCGCGACAACCGCCGCCUGCUCCUCGCCGUGUCCCUGGCCCUCGUCCUCCUCUUCUUCAUCCUCUACUACCUGGUGUCCCGCGCGGGGACCUGAGCCCGGCCUGGGAGGUGCCACAGGCCACACCCCACCGUGCCUGCUCUCCAGAGGAGCCUCCAGCCACACCUCCGCCUCCCCAGUGACUUCUCCUCCUUCCAGCUCCUCGUCGUCGCUCCGGCUGCGCCCGGACAGCUCUGCCGAAAGGAGUCUGGCUCCAAAGGGAUCUCCGUGGGAUUUUGGGGUCAUGGCUGUGACCUGCUGCCUUGCCCACACCCCGUGGGCUAUUUCUAAGGGUCACUUCCACAUCGCCUCCCUCAGUGAAAACCAGGAACUGACAAAUCCAGGGAUUUG